AUGCAGCCAAGCGCCUGCGCUCCCUGCUCUCCCUCUCCGAGGCCAAGGUCAGCUCUAACCCUCCCUCGCACUCUCCCCUCCGUGCACCCCCCUCUGCCUCUCCGUACUCUCCCCUCCGUGCACCCUCCCUUGCUACCUCCCUCCCCUCUCUCUCUCCCUGCUCCCUCCUCUCCCUCUCUGAGGCAAAGCUCUGACCCUCUCCGCACCCUCCUCUCCUUGCUCCCUCCCUUGCACCCUCCCUUGCACCCUCCCUUGCUCCCUCCCUUGCUCCCUCCCUUGCUCCCUCCCUUGCACACUCCCUUGCUCCCUCUCUUGCACCCUCCCUUGCUCCCUCCCUUGCUCCCUCCCUUGCUCCCUCCCUUGCUCCCUCCCUUGCUCCCUCCCUUGCUCCCUCCCUUGCUCCCUCCCUUGCUCCCUCCCUUGCUCCCUCCCUUGCACCCUCCUUUGCUCCCUCCCUUGCCUGCACCCCCUCCCCCCUGCCUGCACCCUCCUCACUCUAGCCUUCUCUCCCCGCCCUGCAAUCUUUGUCCCUUUAUCUCUCUGCUUCUCAACUAA